AUGCCGCGCCCUGCCCCGAAACGAAGCCGCACAAAAGGCCAGCCAGUCAGAAAUGCGACAGAAGAACCGACGCAGCAAAAUGACCCUGUAUCCAAAUCGCCUGCGCAACCUGAGCGCGGCUCGGUCCUGGAUCCACGACAGGCAUUAUGCAGCCAAACGCCCUUGACCAAGAGUUAUGAACAAGCGAUUGAGUCUUCUCCCACCGGGGACCGAGCAGGCACAGGCAGUCGACCUGGGACUGGAAGUCGCCCUCCUACGAGGUCGCGCGGUUAUUCCUCGACAUUAUCCUUUGCUGGCCGCAAAGGCGACACAAGCUCCCGAAUUCCUGGCACACCUGGCUUCGAAAGCUCAGUUCUCAGUAACUUCAGACGGCGACCGCGACAGCAGAGUAUCCUGCAGAUGAUGCAAGCUGAAGAUGACUCUUCCGAAUUGGACGACGAUGACUUCCUUGGUGGACUCAGCCCUGACGAUGAAUCUACGCCGCUCAACCUUUCCAGGGGAAAAUCACUUCUGAUUAAACCUUCCGAAGACUCGCCAUCACGAUCCGAAUCACCGCUUUCCUCGCCCGAGGGGUCGCGCAAGCGCAAGCGCAUGACCCAAGAGAUACAGGUGCCUCAAUCACCUAUACAAUCGCCUAUCAAUGUGGUGAAAGAUACUCCAACUGCAACACCGAUCCAGCUCGACGACUCUUUAACUCAUGCAGCUGAGGAUGCUGAGGCCGAGGUACCUGAGCAAGAGGAGGAAGAGGAGGAAGUUGAGCGAGUCGAGGAUACGCAGCAGUCUCAACAAUACCCAGACAUCUUCAGCCAGACUAUGCUACCGCCCACCAGUAGUCCCAUGCGAAGUCCUGCUGGCUCCGCUGCAGUGACUGGUGACUCUACACCCACUGCGUCGCAGCCUGCAGCCAGAAAGAAGUCCAAGGCCCCAACCUACCUAUCGACGGCGAGUUUACAAGACAGGCUUUUGCCUAGGCGCCGCCGACGCAAGAACAGAGCUGGCGACGACUUUGACGUCCCUAGUGACGAAAGUGAUGACCAACACGAUGCGGCAUCUGGCGAUGAAGACGAACUGAGCUACCCAUCAAGGCGGCCAUCCAGGCGAAAGGCAAGCUCCAGAAAACCCAAGCCAUUGGCCAAUGCACAGGAUAAGUCAAGACUCAACAAUCCGAGGCAGUGGAAUGCAAACGAGAAGCCAGCCAAAUCCGAAGCAGCCCGAAAAGCGCCUACAACAUACUCGCGGUCUCGCGGCAGUAUAGGUGUCGAAAAGGAAAAGGAAAACGAAAUGCUCGCUCUAUCGUCACCAUCCUCCUCGCCCUUGUCAUCACCGCCUGAUUCCGACGUGUCUGAUAAUGAGUCUGCUGGAACGGAGCCCACGCCUCGUUGCGUAAGCGAUGAGUUGCGCGCGGCUGUCAAGAAAUUUGCAGAGGUUGAUCAAUGGGAGAUGGAGUUUGAAGAUGUGUCUGCCUCUGAGACGCUAGGCAGUCCAUCGCGAUAG